AUGAGUAAACUUCCGCCAAAGCAAAAAGAUUCUGGCAGCUUUAUUAUACCAUGUUCCAUUGGUGAUAGAUAUGUUGGAAGAACUCUUUUUGACUUAGGGUUAAGUGUAAAUCUGAUUCCCAAUUCCAUAUUUUUGAAGCUUGGAAUGGGUAAUGCUCGACUAACCAUUAUGAUUUUACAACUAGUGGAUCGAUCACAUGUUUGUCCCGAGGGUAGAAUUAAAGAUGUAAUUGUUAAAGUGGACAAGUUUAUCUUUCUAGUUGAUUUCCUCAUUUUAGACUGUGAAGCCGAUGAAAAUACCCCUAUUAUCCUUGGACGUUCAUUCUUAGUUACAGGGUGUAUUCUAAUAGAUUGUGAGAAGGGAGAGUUCACGAUGAGGAUGGUUGAUCAAAGCGUCACGAUCAAUGUCUUCAACAUUCUUAAAUAUGUUGAUGAUUUUGAUGAAUGCCAUUACAUUGAAUAUAUUGACUCAUUGGAGGAAGUUGGAACAUAA